GCGAGUGCAUGGACACAGGUCCAUGAGGUCCUUCACAUCUUAUUCAGAUGUUCACCAAGACUAAUAAGCAGUUUUGCUGUGGGCUUUUAUGCAUAGUGAAAAAAAAGACCUCAAGUGGGUUUUGGGGAAUGGGUCUCGUAUAUCCGAGGCGAAUAAUUCUUAAAUAUAGAUAGAAUUUGUAUAUACAUUCUAGGCAAAAACAGGUAACACUGAGUCAGGGGCGCUGGGAAGUUGCCAGAUCACUUUUGUCUUUUGUCACUUUGUUCCUUUGGAAUCCCCCCCUCUCGAAUCGAGUCUUGCUUCUAGGACACGACCGAAAAAAAACAACAACCAGCAAUGAAGCGGUUAACUCCGGCUGCUGGAGCUGUUUGCUGGAUGCCCAAGCUCGUCUCUGAGCAUGUGCUGUUACUGCUGCAGUGAAGUAAAAUGUGUCAGUUACCAGUGGAGAGAGAGGGAGAGAGGGAGAGAGGUUAGCCGGGGGAAAUGCAGACUGAGAGGGGACCGGCACGACGAUUUUCCUGUUAUGUAGCUUCUUCGUCCACACACUACAAUGCAUUUCCAAAGGCCUGAUCCCCGCCGCUCUACGCCCGAAGAGUAAACACACGUCAGGGUCCUCCCCACUGUUUGGAACAGACCGGGAUGGUAACCAUGGCAACAACGAUGACCCCCGAGCCGCUGACGGCCCUGUCGCGGUGGUACCUGUACGCCAUCCACGGCUACUUCUGUGAAGUCAUGUUCACUGCAGCUUGGGAGUUUGUAGUGAACUGUAAUUGGAAGUUUCCAGGUGUGACCAGCGUGUGGGCACUGUUCAUCUAUGGCACAUGCAUCCUCAUCGUGGAGCGCAUGUACCUGUGCCUGCAGGGCCGCUGUAAUGUACUGCUGCGCUGCAUUAUCUACACACUGUGGACCUACCUAUGGGAGUUUGGCACAGGUCUGCUGCUGCGGCAGUUCAAUGCCUGUCCAUGGGACUACUCUGAGUUUAAGUACAACUUCAUGGGGCUGAUCACGGCAGAAUAUGCCGUGCCUUGGUUCUGCGCGUCCUUCAUCGUGGAGCGCCUGGUCAUCCGCAACACACUACGGUUACGUUUUGAUGAGGGGGCGGAGCCUGGCCGGACUGGAGGACAGCCUGAUGGUGGUGGAAGAGGUGGAAGAGGUGGAGGUAGGAGAGGAAGAGGAGCCAGAGGAGUGGCCACCAAUGCCAAUGGCUACGUAAAGGUGGACUGAAUUAAGAGUGCAAUCAUUCCCUUGUCCAUCUGAAAGGUGUAUUUUCCCAGAAUCUAUCCCUGUUACCCCCAGACGUUUCCAAACAGCUGUCCAGCAUCAUUCCCUGGGAGAAAGGUCAUUGGACACGGUAUGAAUCCAUAGAAGAACCACUUGGACAAAAAACAAACCAAUGAAGAGAUGUGUGGUUUUAGUGUCCAACUAACGGUCUUUCUCUGUUUACACAGAGAAAGCAUGCAGCCAUUACGCUAUUACGCAACUCCCCAUGCCCCUUAUCUCCCAGCAGCUGUUUAGACUAGGGGUGAUACAUGAGAUGAGCAUGCUAGGGCAAGUUGAGAUUUUAUCCUUCUCCCAUCACUGUACAAUACUUCCCAGACCAGUCCGUCCACCUCAGACUUUGGGGAGAGAAAGAAAACACCACCACCACAAGAACAUAUGUUCCACUGAGAAAAUGCUGUCUUAAAAUAUGAAAAACGGGAACACAUUUGCGGAAAAUAUCAAAUGUUAUUUAAAGGAUUUUUUUUUUAGCAUAAUAAUAAAGUCAACAGUGUGUAGUAGCAAAAAAAAAAUAACUGAGUAGGAAACUUACCAUUUAAGUUUUUUUGUUAAUAUUUAUCUGAAGAUAGUUAAGUAAGUUAAGUAUAAUCUAGGCUUAUAGAAUAUUGUAGACUGUGCCCUAAAGCAAUGCAUUGUACUUGAAUCUAUUGUUUUUAUACUGAACGGAAAAACCCCAGUGCUUGAACAUGCAUGAAGAGCGUCUUCCAGAUUUUUUCACACAGAGUCACAUCUGAAAUGUAUUCUGUAAAAAAAAAUUGAGCAUUUUUUUAUUUAACCAUGUGGACUAAAACACAGAGGAAUACUGUAUUGUUUUCACUUGUACUGUAAUGAUGCCUGCUGCUGAUUGUUUGUUAGUAUGGAAUUAUGGGAUAGAUCAAAAUAUCCUGUGAAUACACUGGAGAGAGUGUUUUAGAGAGGUGUGAAAAUCGUGAUCCGGUGCUACGUUCUCACUUCGGCUGCACAAAAUAUCUGUAAGGAUUUAAAAGGGUCCAGUCUCAGUACACCAUAGACCCCCAAAAUGAAUAAAAGAACUGAUACUUAGAAAAAUGGCUUGGCCCUAGAAUGAAAAGUGCACGUGUGUCAAGAACAUCUUGUUAACAAGUCACUUUUCUGUCCGUUGAUUAGACUUGCUAUCUGCAUGGUAAAUUAUGGUUGAUGAUAAUGCCACAAAGCUUUGAACAGCUGUUUCUGAUCAUGUUGAAAGUGGCUGAUGAUACAUUUUGUAUUACAAUCUGAGCAUCAUAACUGUUCAAUAAAGCAAUUAUUGCACCGGU